GUCAAAAACGAGAGGUUCAUCGGCAUCGAACGUUGCUACUCCGCCCAUCGCGACGGGGCCAAGACCUUCCUGCCGGUCCAGGUUGGUCUUUGCGCCGCGCGCCGGGAUCCGACGCGGAGCAGCGCGGGCUCCUCCCACUGGAUCUUGUCCCCGAUCUCGUUGUACGUCUUUCCGCGGGACAUCGCCGGGGCAGAGCGCCACUUCUCGGUCUCGGCAGCCACGAUGGUGUUCCUGGAUCAGAACGGCUUCAACUUCAACGAUUGGGUGAGGCACGGCCUGGGAUGGCUUAGGCCAACGGAAGAAGAGGAGAAGCGGCGGAGCGUGCAGCAACGGAUUGACGAGGUCUCGCGGCUUAAGCAGGCGGCGGCGAAUGCCGCCUCCGAUGCGACCUCUCAGCCGGCAGCUACGCCCAUGGACAUACCGGAAGGCGUUGACCGUGCCGCGAUCGACUCCUACCGCACUCAAAUCCAAGAGUGGCUGCAGUCGCCGACGAAUGCCCCCUUGGAGAUUCCCAUGGAGAACGCUUUCCAGAGAUUGCUCAUGCACACCGUGAUUGCGCAGGAGUUCCCGCAGGUUUACAGCCAUUCCUCGCGCCGUGACGGUGAGCGCUUCCUCUGCGUCUACAAGUCCCAGGCGGAAGUCUACGAAGAGCAGCUUCGCGGCCUCCAGCGGGAGAUGGAUGCCAUAGAUGAGGAGGUGGGUGUUCGCAGCCUCACAGACGAGAUCACCCGCAGCCAGAAGCCGCUAGUGGGGCACAACUGUUUCUACGACUUCCUGCACCUUUACCAGACCUUCUACGCCGAUCUCCCUGAGAGCAUCCAAGACUUUAAGGCAUCGUGGCUUCAGCUCUUUCCGCAGACCCUGGACACUAAAUACUUGGCAGAGGCCCAUGAGCUGCUUGUGGGCUUGCAACCGCCCGCCAACCUCAAGGGUCUCUGCGACUUCAUGGUGCAGGCCUCGAAGACGGAGUCGAGCCCCGGGCCGCUGCCCGUCACCUUCGAGGUCAACACCUUGACGGACGCCGACUACAAGUUGCCCCAGCCCCGGGCCACUGGUUCUUCGGGUGAUCCGGUUUCCGGAGAAGACACGGAUGCAUCGCACGAGGCCGGCUACGACGCGCUGAUGACGGCGAUGGUUCUCGUGCAUCAGAUGUCCCACAUCCUUGGGAAGAAGCGGAUACCCUGGGAGCAGGUCGACUUCGGCCCGCUUCGAAAACGUGCAGCGGACGAUCCGCGCCGGUCGCUGACGGAGAUGCUUCCCUUGUCCGUAAACCGCAUACGCCUGGUGAAGGCGCAGCCCAACGUGAUAAAUCUCAGCGGCAGGGACGAGGCCGACAUGAGCCGCCACUUCCUCAUGGCCGGCUACCCGCCCAGCUGGAAGAAGUGGGAUCUGAUGAAGGUUUGGUCACCGCUGUGGGUUGGCCUCUCCUACAUCGACGACACAUCCUGCUGGGUUAUCGCCAGGAAUGAAGCAGAUGCCCUGAGCAUCCAGAAGAUCUACAAGAUGAUCGAGGACCCCAGCUUCAAUUUGCUGACUUAUGAGGAGCACAAAGCAGCUCAGGGGGAGGCCGCCACAGCUCCGCAGCUACGUGCCUGA